AUGGCGUCUUCCAACCAUGUUACCCCCACCAACUGUAGCUGGUGGCCCAUCUCAGCAAUGGAUGAAGAUGGCAAAAUCACAGACGGGGAGGAGUGCGAGGAACCGACCGCAGAGCCAAAGCCCUUCAACAAAGACAGGCUCGUUUUGUACCACUGGACGCAGUCUUUCACCUCCCAAAAGGUACGUCUAGUCAUUAAUGAGAAGGGUCUGGUCUGUGAGGAGAGGGAUGUGAGCUUGCCACUGCAGGAACACAAGGAGCCCUGGUUCAUGAGGCUGAACCUGGGAGAGGAGGUGCCCGUCUUCCUCCACGGGGACACCAUCAUCAGUGACUACAACCAGAUUAUAGAUUACCUGGAGAAAAACUUUGUGGGAGACACGGUGGCUCGGCUGAUUCCUGAUGUGGAUUCGCCGCUCCACGAGCGCGUGCAGCAGUACCGUCAGCUACUGGACGGCCUGCCCAUGGACGCUUACACACACGGCUGCAUCCUCCAUCCGGAGCUCACCACCGACUCUAUGAUCCCAAAGUACGCCACCGCAGAAAUACGUAGACACCUGGCCAACGCUGCGACGGAGCUGAUGAAGUUGGACCAUGAGGAGCCUCAGCUGACAGAACCGUACCUGUCCAAGCAGAAGAAGCUCAUGGCAAAAAUCCUGGAUCAUGACAAUGUGAACUACCUGAAGAAAAUUCUCGGAGAGUUAGCCAUGGUUCUAGAUCAAGUGGAGGCUGAAUUGGAAAAAAGAAAACUAGAGUAUCAAGGUCAGAAGUGUGAGUUGUGGCUAUGCGGACCUGAAUUUACACUAGCUGAUAUCUGCCUCGGAGCCUUGUUACACAGGCUCAAGUUCUUGGGACUUUCUAAGAAAUACUGGGAGGAUGGCAGCCGACCCAACCUGCAGACCUUUUUUAUGCGUGUGCAAAAACGCUACGCUUUCCGCAAGGUCUUGGGCGACAUCCACACGACCCUUCUGUCGGCGGUCCUACCCAACGCCUUCCGGAUGGUAAAAAAGAAGCCGCCAUCCUUCUUCGGGGCCUCUUUUCUCAUGGGCUCGCUGGGAGGGAUGGGCUACUUUGCCUACUGGUUUUUAAAAAAGAAAUACAUGUAGUGAAUGCCCUCUUGUUGUGUUAAAUGUCUGUGUAUUUGUGUGAUGUUUCAACUUUUCUGUAAAUGUUUUAUGACUGCAGGAAAACAUAAUGAAUCUAUAUAGAGAACACUAUUACUUACCUGGGUGAACAAAGAAUAUUAAAACAUUCCAUAAUAAGAAAUUCUCAACAGCACAUUUUCUGGUAAUCAAGGCCUUCAUCGAGUUUAAUUUGUGGCAACUUGCCGCUCUUGUGCUGGCGAGUCCUUGUUUAACUUUAGUUGGAGGCAUGCAUCGGGUCCACUUAUACCCAAAACUUAAAGUAGAAACCCAGACAAAAUGUUAAACACCGUAACACCAACAAGGGUUUACUGACCUUCGCAUGCCACUGUUAUAGUCAUUACUCGCAUUACCCGCUCUUCUCUCCUCCAUCAGCCUGAGGUUUAACCAGCAGAACCACAGGAAAAUAUUCGUGACAAAUACUCUCUGAUAAGAGCUGUGCUGCCAGAAACUGCCACACGAAAUGAUGAAAGCAAACUUUAAGGGAACAGUCUGACAUUUCGGGAAAUUAAUUUAUUCACUAUCUUGUUGGGAAAUAGCUAGCUAGCUAAAGGUGUCACUGCAUGUACUGUAUGAGUGUGGACAGACAUGGAAUAAUGCGUGGAGGCAUAAAAUUGAAAGGCCACAAUUCUUUUUUUAAUUGUGCAGCAAUCUGUUUCUUUUGCCCACAUGGUUAGCAAAGUGUUUGGGAAAAGCAAAACAUAGUAAAUUAAACACAAGAAAACUGGCAUCUUGGGGUUUAUGUUGCCAGUACAGGUGUAUUCUUAGCACUGUAAUUCAAACGUAAUGGUGAUGCAUGACGGGUACAGACUGGGGCUAGCUGUGUUCCCCCGAGCCCACUCAUUCUGCUAAGCUAAACCAACAUGCUAAUGGUGACAUCAUAUUUAACAGAGUGGUGUCGACCCUCUCAUUGGACUAAAGUGACCUUCCCAAAAUGUCGAGCUGUUCCUUUCACUAACUGUACACCACGACACACAAUUAAACACACAGACACACACGUGCGCUAAGAGUCGUUAGUUUAAUUAGAGCACCACAGGUCACAUAGCACACACUGGUCCACCGUCACUCGCUGAGCAGAAGCUCAGAUGUUACAAAACUUGGGUGUUUGAAAAGUUACACUUGGCUGAGCUGGUAGUGAAAUGUCGUAAAUUCUGCAUCUAUGGCACAACAGUGUUGCAUUAGAUUUAGGAUGUAUAUUUCAUUGCAUGGGCACCUUCUUAUUGAGCAAGCGUUUUGUGAUGGGUGGACGGGAUUUUGUGUUGCCCAGAGGCAGAAUUUAUGAUGCUAGGUGGUGAUCGAACACGUCGCUAACUGUAACCUUUGAAUUACCUGCACUGUACAGUGUGUUGGAGAUGGUGCCUCAGCAAUACUGAGCAAGGAAAUAAAACAAACAAACAAACAAAAUCACUGGAUUUUACUGCGACUUGUUUGUCGCCGACUCCUCCUGACAGAUGCAAGAUUGUUUUUAACAGAUAGAUAUUUUUAAUUAUACAUUGUCUCAUUUUAUUUUAGUGUGCUGAAUUUUUAAUGAGCUCAAAGGUUGAGUAACACAAACAGGGGAGGAGGAGCUGACUCACCUGAGGGCUUCAGGAGUAUGACGAGGGAACAGAAAAAGACUUUCCUCCGGCUAGCCUUGCCAGCUGUCUCGUUGUUUGUUGAUGCAGUGAACUCUUUUCACUCCACACUCUGUUCACCCUUAAUGGGGAGCCUUUAUGCUUUUUCUUAGUCAGACCUCCAGGGUUUAAGAGUUCUGCUCCUGAACCAAGCGCUCUUUAGGUUUAACUCAUUGUGUACCUGUAAGCUGCUUUUGGUUUUAUGGCUGGUUAUACAGACAUUCUUGCAGUAAAGAUUCACAGUUCAGUGUUUUCUCUCUGUCAUGAAGAAGAAUAACUGUAGAGAUUUGGGUGAGGAAGGUGAGUUGUUUUCAGUCUGGAUGCUCCCUGUUUCCUCCUGCUACAGAAGCUCAUCUCUGCAGGUGGUGAUUAGCGACACGCUGCAGCUGUGCCAGAUUAUGUUGAACCAAAGACGAUGAUCAAUGUUCCUUUAAAAGCAGCGUCUCUUGUCUGCGUCACAUCUGAUAAUGGAUCAGGUUUCGAACACAUUUAACUGUUUGUAAUCAGUCCUU